GUGGGCGCGUCCCCUGAGCUCCGCGGGGACACCUGCGGGGACAGGUGACACCAUCUUCGCGCUGUCCUCCGCGCCGGGCCGCUGUGGGGUGGCCGUGAUCCGCGCCAGCGGCCCGGGCAGCCGGGGGGCUCUGCAGAGCCUCACCGGGACCCCCGAGAUCCCCCCGCCCCGGGUGCUGGCCCUGCGGCGCAUCCGAGACCCCCACACGGCCGAGACCCUGGACCGCGGCCUCGUGGUCUGGUUCCCAGGACCCCGCAGCUUCACCGGGGAGGAUUGCGCCGAGCUGCACGUGCACGGGGGGCCCGCCGUGGUCAGCGGGGUGCUGCGGGCCCUGGGCCGCGUGCCCGGGCUGCGUCCGGCCGAGCCGGGCGAGUUCACGCGCCGAGCGUUCCGCCACGGGAAGCUGGACCUGACGGCGGCCGAGGGGCUGCGGGAUCUCAUCGGCGCCGAGACCGAGGCGCAGCGGCGCCAGGCGCUGAGGCAGAUGGAGGGAGACCUGGGGCAGCUCUACCAGCGCUGGAGCCACACCCUGACACAGGCGCUCGCACACCUGGAGGCCUUCAUCGACUUUGGCGAGGAUGAGGAGGUGGAGGAAGAGGUUUUGGAGCAAGUGGCCGUCGCCGUGCGGGCGCUGCAGCGCGACAUCGGGGCGCACCUGCGGGACGGGCGCCGCGGGGAGCUGCUGCGGGCAGGGGUCCGCGCCGUCAUUGCCGGACCCCCCAACGUGGGCAAGAGCAGCCUGCUCAACCUGCUCUGCCGGCGCCCCGCUGCCAUCGUGUCCCCGCAGGCGGGCACCACGCGGGACGUGCUGGAGGUGGCCCUGGACAUCGGGGGCUUCCCGCUGGUGCUCAGUGACACCGCGGGGCUGCGCCAGGCCUCCGACCCCGUGGAGCGCGAGGGGGUGACGCGGGCGCGGGCACGGCUGCGCCAGGCCGACCUGGUGCUGGCCGUGCUGGACGCCACGGCGGUGUGCGCGGCCCCGGCGGCGCUGGGCGCGGCGCUGGCGGCGCUGGAGCCCCCGCCCGGCGUCCCGUGCGUGCUGGUGCUGAACAAGGCCGACCUGCUGCCGGCGGCCCCGAGCGGCCCCCGCCCGCACCGCGCCCCCGCGCCCGCCGCGCUCCUGUCCUGCAGGACGGGCCAGGGGCUGGAGGCGCUGCUGGAGCUGCUGGAGCAACAGCUGGCGCAGCUGUGCGGCGAUCCCCUCUCGGGCUCUCCCAGCCUGACCCAGGCCCGGCACAGCCGCCACCUCGGCGCGUGCGCGGCGGCGCUGUCGCGGUUCUGUCGCGAGGACAGCGGCGACAUCGGGGACCUGGCGGUGGCGGCCGAGCAGCUGCGGGUGGCGCGGCGGGAGCUGGGCAGGAUCACCGGGCACGUGGGCGCCGAGGAGGUCCUGGAUAUCAUUUUUAGGGACUUCUGUGUCGGGAAGUGACGGCGUUGUCGCGGUGCCACCGGGAUUAAACCGCGGUGCCACCGGGAUUAAA